CAAUAACGACGACCACGGACUCCUCAGCGAGCUUGCGAUGCUCCUCUGACAACCAUAGAGCUUGUACCUCUCACGAAGCAGGCUAACGACCCAGUAACGACCAAAUCUUAACGACAAUGCGCUCUAUCAUCUUGCUCUUCGCUCUCCUCUUCUCCUGCUCUCAUGCCUUGCCCCUUUCCGACAAGAGCAAGACCACCACCAACACGACAGGGACAUGCAAUGGCCACGCUUCCCUCUGCAACCAGAGCUAUGCCAACGUUGUCUACGCUGGGGCGCAUAAUUCGUACGCUGUUGGCUCUGGCAUUAGCGACAAUCAGAACCUCAACGCUUCGCAAGCCCUCGUCAAAGGGAUACGCCUGCUGCAGAAUCAAGGGCACGACAACUCUGGCAUCUUCAACAUAAGUAGCUCGAGCGGGAAUGGCACAAAUGGGCAGAAUGUGACAGCAGCACAGGCCGGUCAGGAUAACCCAAGUCAAAUCAGCCUCUGCCACACUAGCUGUUACCUGGAGGAUGGCGGAUACCUUGAGAGUUGGCUUGCCCAGGCCAAGUCCUGGCUGGAUGUGAACCCCAACGAGGUCAUCACUCUCCUCCUCACUAAUCCGGAUCACUUGCCGUACACUCGCUGGGAAGCCGGACUUCGAUAUGCAGGCUUCAACGAGAUCAAUGUCUGGGCACCUACCAAUCGUUCCAACUUCACACGAGAUCAGUGGCCAACACUGGGCGACAUGAUCUCCUCUGGAAAGCGGACCGUGAUUGCCAUGGACUACGAGGCAAAUGAGACGAAGCUGCCAUGGCUCCUCGACGAGUUCGCCUACAUGUGGGAGAACCCGUACGACCAGCUAUCCUACCCCUUCAAUUGCAGCUUGGACCGUGGGAGCAAGCCACAGGACAAGCUUUACUUUAUGAACCAUGUCAAGGACGUCCAGAACUUUGGCAUCUCCACACCCGACAAGGCCAACCUGAAUAUCACCAAUGCUCAGGAUGGACCCAAUGGUGUCGUUGAGACUGUCGAUCGGUGCACUAAGGAGAGAGCGGAGAGACCAACCUACGUUCUGGUCGACUUCUUUGGUGUACCGGCAACGACCGGUGUCCUCGCAGCCAUGGACCAACUCAACAAUGUCAGCAUCACGGCGCCGACUCGGGCGGGCAAGUCUGCCGCUCGGCCCUCUUCACACCAUCCUCCUCUAUUUCCUCUCUUCCUUUUCGCCCUGUCGUUGCCCUUGGCACUUUCGCACCUCUAGUAGGCUGCUUGACGCCCUACGCAAAUGCUCGUCUUGCAUCUAUUCCUGUAAAUUUUUCGCUCCGAGCAACAAUAGAUGCUGACCUUCGUGAGGUGUGACC